AUGGCAUACAAGAAUGAGAAGAAACUUGAACUCACCAUGAACCCCUCAAGCCCAUAUUACCUUCAUCUAACAAACAUUGGAUUAAAACUUAUUCCUAAUCUUUUCUCUGGAGUGGGUUUUAAAGGGUGGAAAAAGGCUGUCUCCAUUGCACUAUCUGCUAAAAACAAAAUGGGGGUGAAUGAUGUGGUUUUGGGAUGGCUUCUAAAUGCUAUGGAUGAAAAAAUUUAUCAAAGUGUUUUAUGGUUUAACACCGCCCAAGAAGUUUGGGACAAUCUUGAACAAAGAUUUGGCCGAUCUUCCUCAGCACAGCUCAUUUCUGUUAUAGAAGCUAUUAGCAAAGCUGUGCAAACCCUAGAGAUGAUCAUUGAGGACUUCUAUACCAAGAUGAAAAGCCUAUGGGAUGAGCUUGAUGCUCUUGAUCCACCCUUAAUCCCCCAGAGGUUUUGGAGAGGGAACAGAGCUAAACUGAGGAUAAGAGAUAGUCCCAAGCACUCAUUUGAAGGGAGGCAAGAGGACCUUGACAUGAGCAUUUUGGGAGAUUUUGAUGAGAUCGGUUGGUCAAUUAUUUUACAUCGAUCAGUUGAUCUCAUUUGGCAGCAUUUCCAGAAGCAAUAUGUUGUUAGAUAUUUGUUGCCCGUGGGUCUUAUUCUCGCUCACAAGAGUGAGGGGAAUGAGAUUCUCGGAGGCGAUCCCAAGACCGAUCCAGGAUUAGAUCGCUUUUUAGUUGAUAAAAGAAAGAUUUUUGAUAACAAGAACAAAAGCAAGUUUGAACACAAAAAUAGAAGGCAAAACACUCAAUUUUUUUGUGAACACUAUAAUAUGCAUGGGCAUACCAUAAGUAAAUGUUGGAAGGUUCAUGGAUAUCCUCCAAACUUUAAAAACAAUACUGGGAAAGAAGAAAAUAAUUCAAGCAAAGCCAAUGCCAUAACCAAUGAUACUAGCACACAAGGAGACAUGUUGGUUGAUCCAAAACUCAUUCAAGAGCAGUAUAAUAUGCUGAUUUCUUUGUUGUCCAAGUAG